AUGUCUUCAUAUGCCAUCACCGGAGCCUCCAAGGGCAUUGGUCUCGAGUUCGUGCGCCAACUCGCUGCCGAUACGACCAACACGGUCCUGGCUAUAGUACGAGACCCCGAAUCACCCGGUAUAUCUAAGCUCGCCUCCAAUCACCUUAAUUUGCACGUUAUCAAAGGCGAUGUUACCGACCCAAAGUCCAUUCUCGAGGCAGCCUCAGCGGCAGCCGCCGUGACAGGCGGGAAGCUAGACGUGCUUAUCCACAACUCCAACGCCGUUGAUAUGGCCACCGCGUCCUUCAACCCGACCCAGAUUCCAUUUGAUGCUCAAGCCGUUCGCGCAAUGUUUGACCUGCCGUUAAGUACCGGUGUCUAUGGCGGGCUAUGGACGACAAACGCCUUUUUGCCCCUGAUCGAGAAAGGCAGCCAGAAGAAGAUUGUGCACAUAUCCAGCGCCAUGGCGGAUUUGGAUUUUAUCAAUAAGACUGGUGUCAGCUACGGUGUCGCGUACUCUAUCGCAAAAGCCGGGAUGAAUGUCCAAGUCGCCAAAGGCAUCAAGGUGUUGGCUUUAAGCCCCGGAUGGGUUGAUACGUGGGAGGGAGAGAAACCGCCUCAGGUAAUACAAGCGCUACAGCUCAUGCUGAAGCAGUUUCAGCUAGCCGAGCCUGAGUUCAAGGGGCAAAUUCAGCCUGAAGAGAGUGUUAGAAAGAGCCUCCAGGUGAUUGACCGUCUGGAUACCGAGUCUAGCGGCUUGCUCCUGAGCCAUAAUGGAGAUAGAGAAAGAUGGUUGUGA